ACAGUCAGCGCCAAAAUACAAAUAAGCCCCUAAACUCAAAAGAACAACAACCACCAGCCCCAAACUCUGUUGCUGACUUCCCUGCAGAUCCGGCCUGGAGCUUCCCAGCCCGUGGAGUUUAUUGUCUUUGUUGCUUCUCUUCAUUUUGUGUAUCUCUGUGUUUCCCCUUCCUGCUCCAGCAGAGAUCUCGGAUCACAAGUAUCACUUGGCAUAUAAUUCACUGCCCCAAGAACAUCACACAAUAUGACCUGGAGGGCAGGGGAGUCGUCCAAGAGACAGUCCUUCUGUUAAGACACUGAAGAGGCACCGCAGGAAGCCACAGCACCUCCUUGAGUCUUCUGAGGCAACUUAUGGGAACCCUGCCUGGGCCCUUCUGCUCCAGGCUACGCUGCAUGGGAUGACAAUGACACCUGGAAGGAAGAGACCAGUGGCCACCAUCCCCUGCCUUAUCCUAGCAGCUGCUAGUUGCUUUGCUAAUUUAGGCGAGUCUCUGCAAGUCACGGUCCAACCUGCCUCCAUUGUCCAAAAAUAUGGUGGCGUGGUGAGUCUGGGUUGUGUGGCAAACCCCACGAGAGUGAACGUUACCUGGAGACUGAAUGGGAAGGAGCUGAUGGAGUCAGAUGAGGUGCUGGGGAUUCACACCGAGCCAGGGAAACUCGUCAUCCUUGCUCUCAACAACCACACCGUAGGCCGGUAUCAGUGUAUCGCUCGUGUACCUGAGGGGGUUGUGGCCAGUGUCCCAGCCACAGUGACGUUAGCCAAUCUCAAAGACUUCAAAUUUGAUGGCCAGCAUGUGAUUGAAGUGGAUGAAGGAAACACUGCCGUCAUUGCUUGUGACCUGCCUGAAAGCCAUCCAAAGGCCCUGGUGCGCUACAGUGUGAAACAUGAGUGGCUAGAGUCCUCCAGAGACAACUACUUGAUUAUGCCAUCUGGGAAUCUUCAGAUAGUCAAUGCCAGUCAAGAAGAUGAAGGAACUUACAAAUGUGCUGCCUACAACCCUGUGACGCAAGAAGUGAAAACCUCUGUCUCCAGUGAGAGGCUCCGUGUGCGACGCUCCGUGGCAGAGGCAGCUCGGAUAAUCUACCCCACAGAGGCUCAGACCAUCAUCGUCACCAAGGGUCAAAGCCUCAUCCUGGAAUGCGUGGCCAGUGGGAUCCCACCUCCACGGGUCACUUGGGCCAAGGAUGGCUCCAAUGUCUCUGGCUACAACAAGACCCGGUUCUUGCUCAGCAACCUCCUGAUCGACACCACUAAUGAGGAGGACUCUGGGACCUACAGCUGCAUGGCGGACAAUGGGGUGGGCGAGGCUGGAGCUGCAUUCAUAUUCUACAAUGUUCAGGUGUUCGAACCUCCCGAGGUCACCAUGGAGCUGUCCCAACAGAUCAUCCCCUGGGGUCAGAGCGCAAAGUUCACCUGCGAAGUGCGAGGGAACCCCCAGCCCUCAGUGAUGUGGCUGCGCAAUGCCAUGCCCCUCUCUUCCAACCACCGGCUCCGGCUGUCCCGUAGGGCCCUUCGUGUGGUGAGCGUGGGGCCAGAAGAUGAUGGGAUCUACCAGUGCAUGGCUGAGAAUGAAGUUGGUAGUGCACAAGCCAUGGUGCAGCUGAGGACUGCUCGGCCAGGAGCAACUCUGAAUCCCUGGAGAGACUCCAAGCUGAGCUCAGCUCAGCCACCAACACCCACUUCUACUGACAAUGAUAAAGCCGCACCACCAAGGCCAGGGCCUACCCCACUGGCCGCUUCUCUCCAGUGCACAACUAACAGAGAACAAGUGUCUCCAGCAGAGGCCCCCAUCAUCCUGAGCUCUCCCAGGACGUCCAAGACAGAUUGUUAUGAGCUAGUUUGGAGACCCCGGCAUGACAGCAGGGCCCCCAUCCUCUACUAUGUUGUGAAGCAUCGCAAGGUUAUGAACUCUUCAGACAACUGGACAGUCAGGGACAUUCCGGCUACACAGCACCGCCUGAUCUUGACUAAACUGGAUCCUGGGAGCUUGUAUGAAGUGGAGAUGGCAGCUUAUAACUGUGCCGGGGAGGGGCAGACAGCCAUGGUGACAUUCAGGACAGGUCGACGACCAAAACCCGAGAUUGUCGCCAGUAAAGAGCAGCAGGUCCAGAGAGAUGACCCAGGCACGAGCACGCAGAGCAGCAACCAAGCAGAUAACAGCCGGCUGUCUCCUCCGGAGGCACCAGACCGUCCCACUAUAUCCAUGGCAUCAGAGACAUCUGUCUACGUGACCUGGAUCCCCCGUGGAAAUGGAGGUUUCCCCAUCCAGUCAUUCCGAGUGGAGUACAAGAAACUGAAGAAGCCUGGAGACUGGGUGCUGGCCACCAAUGACAUCCCUCCCUCUCGCCUCUCAGUGGAGAUCACAGGCCUGGAGAAAGGCACCUCCUAUAAGUUCCGUGUUCGGGCUCUGAACAUACUGGGGGAGAGUGAACCCAGUGCUGCCUCUAGGCCCUAUGUGGUGUCAGGCUUCAGUAACCGUGUGUAUGAACGCCCCGUUGCCGGACCUUACAUCACCUUUACCGAUGCCAUCAAUGAGACCACCAUCAUGCUGAAGUGGAUGUACAUCCCAGCCAGUAACAACAACACCCCGAUCCACGGCUUUUACAUCUACUACCGCCCCACUGACAGUGACAACGACAGUGACUACAAGAAGGACGUAGUGGAAGGUGAUCGGUACUGGCACUCCAUCAGCCACUUGCAGCCAGAGACCUCGUACGACAUUAAGAUGCAGUGCUUCAAUGAGGGUGGUGAAAGUGAAUUCAGCAAUGUGAUGAUUUGUGAAACCAAAGCUCGUAAGUCUCUUGGGCUGCCCGGUCGCCUGCCACCCCCAACAGUGCCCCCACAGCAGCGCCCACCAGUCGGCAGUGGGCAAAGUGGCCUGGGGACAGGGGCCAUGGUGGCCCGCUCCAGCGACCUGCCGUACCUGAUUGUAGGGGUAGUGCUGGGCUCCAUCGUCCUCAUCAUCGUGGCCUUUAUCCCCUUCUGCCUUUGGAGAGCCUGGUCCAAACAGAAGCAGACCAUAGACAUGGGCUUCCCUGGAGCUGGGCUGUUGGUGUCUUCCUGCCAAUAUACCAUGGUGCCCCUGCGAGGGGUCUCUGCUCCUCGAGCCAAUGGGCAGCCCUAUGCCAAUGGGGUGCACCUGAAUGGCAGCUAUCCCUCAGCAGGGAUAGGCUACCCAAGCACAAAGCCCCGGGACUACUGUCCGGAUGAAGUUCAGCCGGAUGAGACCAACACCUUGCUGCAGGAAAGGGUGAUGCAAAAUGGCAACCUCCAGCAAGAUUAUCAGAGCUCCAGGUUGCCCAAUUCCAGACGGGAAGAACAUUCUUUCUUUUACAGCCUCCCAGGUGAUUCCACUCAUCAGCUGCUCCAGCCGCACGAUGACUGCCAUCACCUGCAGGAACAACUCGUUGGCCUCCAUCGCCCAGUGAUGGGAACCAAGGUGGGAGGCCCUGGCCUGGAAGCCAGGAGGGACCCCAUGUUCCACACAGGUGCCCCAUGCUGCCUGGGCCUGGUGCCAGUUGAAGAAGUAGAAAGGACAGGCUGCUGCCAGACCAGAGGAGACCUACAUGUCCAGAACCCAGCAAUCACUUGCCUGACCCAGGACCCAAGAAGGCAUCUGUGCAGCAGCCCUCCCGCACAUAUGCCCAUAGAGACUCCUCCUCCCACCAGUUAGGGACUGAGCUGUGCUAAAGACUUAUUCUAAAGAGAGAGAAUAUGGGUAUUUAUUUUUGUAUAACAUCCUUAUUUAUAUAUUUAUGCACUUGUAAAUAGAUGUAUAUGUGCCUUUUAUAAUGCUAUGGAGACAGAAGGCAUCCUGUUCCAGGUAGCAGGAGGGAAUGAGAAACUGGGGCAUCAGCCUGGGGUGAGGUGGGGCUGUUCAUCAGAACACAGACUAAAAAGAGCAGCCUUCACUCGGCACCGGCACGUUGGAUGUUGCAGAAUGUCAGUCCGAGCACAGUGGCGGCUUAUUGUCGUCUUUGCAGCACAGACUGUGGCAGACUGAAAGUGGAGGCUAUGGAAAAGGUCCCAUCUCUUCCUACAGCAGGACGAGCUCCUGUGGGGAUGUACCUGAUAGAACAGAUUGGAAUUAUGCACUGUACUUAUUGCCACUCACAGCCCUUCACGUACACGCCGCCUGUGGUAGCGCAUCUGUAAAGACAAACGCAUGCUUUAACAUCUACAAUAAAGGCUUUAGUCUUUGCUGUGGUUUGAUGUUUGCUGAACCCUUUCUAGUGGGGCAGGCAACAAGACUCCAUUGGACUUGCUGCUUUUUUUGAGUCCCUGGGUGGUUCUUCUUAGUCCAUGAUUCAGCAGAAGUGAUCUGGCCUAAUCCCUGCUCCAGGUGAGGUCAGGCAUUGGGGAAGUAAGAUUGGGACCUUGAGCUGACUGAGGCAGGGAGUUCCCAUCUUUAAAUCCUUGGCUACAGCCACAUAAGAACCCCCCCUGUUUCCUGUCUUUUCC